AUGGCCGAUUCUGAUAAAGGCAACGAUGCAGCUCUGGAAUGGUUGAAAAAGAAAACGGAAAAAGGCCAAAAAGCAGAUUAUCAAAUUAAAGCUGAAAUGGAAGAUGUUGGUAACAAAUUUUUGAGGAAAUUCAAAGAAAACCCAUUAGUGCCCAUUGGUGCAUUGGUCACUGUUGGUUUUUUGAGCGUAGGUCUAAAGAGUAUGUAUGAUGGCAACAGAGUAAGAUCUCAAAUGAUGAUGCGAGGGCGUAUUGCAGCUCAAGGAUUUACUGUUAUAGCUAUAUUGGGCGGUUUGUUUUAUCAAGGGAUGACAGCAUUGAGAGAAACUGAAGACGACACUCACGAAACUGGUUUAAAAUAA